GCCCAGGCUGCUUGUUCGUACGGAAGGAAGGAAGGAGAAGCCUCUCUCCAAGAUGGCGGCGACCAUAGACAACAGCAAUGCUGUACAGGCGACAAAGAAAAAGCACCUCGGGAUACCCGAAGCUGUGUUUGUGGAAGAUGUCGAGUCUUUUAUGAAGCAGCCUGGGAAUGAGACGGCAGACUCAGUACUGAGGAAGCUGGACGAACAGUACCAGAAAUAUAAAUAUAUGGAGCUCAACCUGUCCCAAAAGAAGCUCAGGUUGAAAAGCCAGAUCCCACAAAUCACACAGACGCUAGAAAUCCUACGACACAUGCAGAAGAAAAAGGAAACCACAGACCCCAUGGAAACAUUUUUCCUAUUGGCUAACAACGUUUACUGCAAGGCUUCAGUGCCACCCACUGACAAAGUCUGCCUAUGGUUAGGGGCUAAUGUCAUGUUAGAGUAUGACAUCGAUGAAGCCCAGGCUCUCCUAGAGAAGAAUCUAUCCACAGCGUCUCGCAACCUUGAGACACUCGAAGAGGACCUGGACUUCUUACGGGACCAGUUCACCACCACCGAAGUCAACAUGGCACGAGUCUACAACUGGGACGUAAAGAGAAGGAGCAAAGAAAACCUCCUUAAAUCUGCAGACAAGUCUUAAUAUCGACCCCACAGCGUCCACACCCCCUUCUGCUAACUCUCUCCUCCUUAGUCAAUAAAACAAACCCCUAAAGUCAUGUUUAUGUACACCCCGAGCUCUCUCAGGCUCCUACUCCCUCCACUAAUGUUUUUCUGUUGAUUUGUUACUUUUUAAAGUAUUUUUUCAAGUAAAAACGAACAAAAAAACCAGGCAACGAGGCAGUUUUUGUAUUCUUUUUAAUGGUUUAAGUUCAUUCAUGUUAUUUGGCGAGGGUCGCCUUCUCUCUCCUUCAUUUUUCCGCCUUUUUCCCCUCAAUCUAGAACAAAUAAUCACACAUAGGACUUUUUACUUGAGUUGAAAAACACAGUUGCCAUCGUAGGAUAGAACUUGGAGGUAUAACACCACAGAAGAAGAAUAAAGACUGGUUUUACUCACUACAGGACUUUAAGGAGGCAUCCUCCUUCUGUGUCUCUGUCUUUCUGCACUUGACCAUCUCUUCCUCUCCUUUUCUCGCUCCUCUUCCUCUUCUUCAGCUGCUGUUCUGUCUGUAUUUAUUUGUCUCUCACUGUAUCCAUUAUAAACAAUGAAUGAAGUAAAAGAAGAACAUUUGGGCAAAGA